AUGGACAGGAUAACGCCUUUGCGGGUUGGGGUUUCUGUGCUCGCCGUCUUGGUCUCGGUGCUGUUGUUCCUCUGGCGAGCUGUGGGAACGGAGCGGUCAUCGCCGGUUCCUUAUGCCGUCGCGCCCCCCAAGCCGCCAUCGCCCGAGACGACGGUCGAGCACACGUCGGUCAAGCUGCCCGGCUCGUCAGCCGUGCAGUGCUACGCCCCCUGCACCGGCCGGUUCCUCGGCCUCGUCAACCCGUCGUCGCCGGCCGCCAUCGACCGCAGCGUCGCGGCCGCGGCCGCCGCGCAGGGCAAGUGGGCGACGACGACGUUUGCGCAGCGCAGGGCCGUCCUGCGCACCCUGAUGCGGCACGUCCUCGACGCCGCCGACGACAUCUGUCGCGUCGCGGCGCUGGAUAGUGGCAAGACGUUGGUCGAUGCCCAGCUGGGCGAGAUCCUCGUGACGGUGGAGAGGAUCCAGUGGACGCUGGCGCAUGGCGAGGAGGCGCUGAGGCCCGAGUCGAGGCCGACGAACCUGCUCAUGGCCUACAAGCGCAACACGGUGCGCUACGAGCCCCUGGGCGUCGUCGCCGCCCUCGUCAGCUGGAACUACCCCUUCCACAACAUGAUGGGCCCCAUCGUCAGCUCCCUCUUUGCCGGCAACGCCGUCGUCGUCAAGGUCUCGGAGCAGACGGCCUGGUCGAGCGCCUACUUUGCCGCCAUCGCGCGCGGCGCCCUCGCCGCCCACGGCCACGACCCGCAUCUGGUCCAGACGCUCGUGUGCUGGCCGCAGACGGCCGCCCACCUGACGUCGCACCCGGCCAUCGCCCACGUCACCUUCAUCGGCUCCCAGGCCGUCGCGCGCCACGUCGCCGCCAGCGCCGCGAGGAGCCUCACCCCCGUCGUCGCCGAGCUCGGCGGCAAGGACCCCUUUGUCAUCCUCGACUCGGCCGCGCCCGACCUGCCGCGCAUCGUCGAGGUCAUCCUGCGCGGCACUUUUCAAGCCGCCGGCCAGAACUGCAUCGGCAUCGAGCGCGUCAUUGCCGCCGGUGCCCUCUACGACGACCUCGUCUCCGUGCUCGAGCCCCGCGUCAGGGCCCUGCGCCUUGGCCCAGACGCCGACGUCGGCGCCCUCAUCUCCGACGCCUCCUUCGACCGCCUCGAAGAGCUCAUCGCCGAGGCCGUCUCCCGCGGCGCCCGCCUCCUCGUCGGCGGCCGCCGCCACACACACCCCGACUACCCGCGGGGCCACUACUUCUCCCCCACCCUCCUCGUCGACGUGACGCCCGCCAUGCUCAUCGCCCAGCACGAAUGCUUCGCCCCCAUCCUCACUCUCAUGCGCGCCCCCUCCUCGUCAGCACCCGACAUGCUCGCCGUCGCAAACGCCCCCUCCUUCGGCCUCGGCGCCUCCGUCUUCGGCUCCGAGCGCGACCCCGCCAUGCCCCGCCUCGUCGCAGGCCUCAAGGCCGGCAUGGUCGCCGUCAAUGACUUCGCCGCCUACUACGCCGUCCAGCUCCCCUUUGGUGGCGUCGCCGGCUCGGGCUACGGCCGCUUCGCCGGCCGCGAGGGCCUCCGCGGUCUCUGCAAUAUCAAGAGCGUCUGCGAGGACCGCCUCGCCUGGCUCGGCAUCCGCACCUCCAUCCCCCCGCCCGUCCGCUAUCCCGUCCCCAGCCAACAGAAGGGCUGGGCCUUCGCCUACGGCGUCGUCGAGGUCGGCUACGGCGGGCCCGUUAGGAAGCUCAAGGGCCUGAUGCGCAUGAUAAACAACAUGUAG